AUGAAGGAAAUGAUCGUCUCGUCAACUACAUCAACUACGUCUGCUCUACUUCUGAAAACCAGCAUCUCUCCACCAACGACCGGACCCGAAGUGACCGAAACUUUGCUGUCAGAUGUGACGACCACACCACCAGGGAUGACAACCACACAGCCAGAUCCAUUGCCUCUCUCUACUGAAGAGAUGAUAUUCAACAAGGCCCAGACUGAAGGACAAACAUCGCCAAAAACCACCAAGAAAGCAUCUUGUCCUGGAGGUUUUACUAAAUGGCGAGGAACCUGCUACAAGGCGUUUGGCACCCCGAAGAAAUUCUGGGCCGCAAAUGAGCAUUGCCGUCGCUAUGGUGGCACCCUAGCCAUGCCUAAAGACGCUGCCACAAACAGACGCCUCAUCUCUCUCAUGAGACGCUUCAUCCACCAAGUUUUCUUCUUUGGACUCCAUGAUGAGGGGAGAGAAGGACGCUUCAAGUGGAUAGAUGGUACCAAACUUGGGAGCUUCAGCUCGUGGGGUCCGGGCGAACCAAAUAAUCAUCGAGGCAGGGAAGACUGUGUCGUCUACCUCCGUGUGUACAGGAAGUGGAAUGACUUCUCCUGCAGCAACUCGGGAUACUUCUUAUGCCAAGUGGCACCAGGUCGCACAUGA